AAAAAAAAAAAAAAAAAAAAAAAAAAAAGUGUGAGGGGUUAAUCGUUCAUUUUAGGUAAUAUCACUGCUGUAAUCGUGAAUAAAACCAUUUUAUGUACCCAUGAGUUGAGCCCAAUCUCAAUUGUUAAAAGCGAAUGCAUGUCGCUUUAGAAAACGUCAGCAACUCCGAUUUGUUACGAAGCAAGCCUCCUGGAAUGGGCACGAGCCCGGCGCCAACUAGAAAUGCCCAACAACAUACAUCAACAAAAACAUUUUUCACUUUCAGUUAUCUGUGUCUGACAGCCUGGUAUACUUCGCAGGCUAGUUCAACAUUGCGCACAUUCGCACGCGCCAUUUAAAUUGGCACAUGCUUCAGAAUCUCUCCAAGAACGUCUCCACACCCUGACACGCUCCGAAGAGGAAAAACAAGAGGAGGAGAAAGAAAGCUCGACUACUUCAUUUGUACAGAAGUCGUGCGUGUUCCACGUACAAAAGAGCACCGAUUUCACACCCGACUGAUCGUGGGGAGAAAAACGGCUCUGAAAGAACGACAGGAAACUCCAGAAAAGAUUUAAGCGUCUCUACAAAGGCAAGAUUCAAGCUGGCGGGCCGGGUGAGGGAUCUUCAGUCCCAGGACGAGGGUGGCAUUCGGGAAAACGGCGACACUGUGAAAAAACCUUCCGGAUUCACCCAAGAAGAGAAAAUGAUUGUGACUGAAAUUGAGAAGGAGAUUCCCAUGCGUGUGUCCCUGCCUAUUGAGGUGAUGAGUCCUGACCAGGCAUUUCCUUUCCUCAACACCACACUUGCAGAUCUGGGCAUUGACGAAUCGGCAGUGAAAGAGCGUGUGGUGUGGGUGGACACCAAGCGCACAAAGGUGAGGAGCAGAUCGGGGAGACUUAAAGAGAAGGAAGUGUCGGUGCUGGAGGUACGAGUGAAAGCACAACUGCCGGGUCAAGCCAAAUGCCAGGAGGUUCUCUACAGCACCGAGUCACACACGGACCGCUCUUACUGCCGCAGCGGCAUCAUCUUCCAGCCGUGGACACGCGCUCAAACAGUUGACAAUGAGAUGGUGGAAAUGACCCUGGCUUUGGAUACACAAUCCCAUACCACAAAAGACACGUCAGAAGAGCAGUUGGAAUGAACAUAGAUCAUAAUCAUCAUAACACACUAACAUCAUGCUGUUAUUUGACCUUUUUAAGAUAUGACCGGUCUCUAACCUGCUUCUUACUGCAACACCGCUUAAAUACAGACUGUUAUUUCUGGGAUUUUAUUAAAUCCUUGUCUAGGUGUAAAAAUACUCGAACAUUUCCCCCAAAUGUGGUUACAGUUAACCACUGAUAACCGCAUGGAAAGAUAGUAAUAUAACAGUAAUGAUCGUUUCUUCACGAUCAACGUGUUUUAAAGGAGUUUCUUCUAACAGAAGCAAGUAAGGCUUAGAAGAAAAAAGAAAAAAAAAACACCUCUGCUCUUCUUUGUAUAGAAAACUGAAGAUUAAGCGGUGUGUCCCAGGAACGUGCAAGGAGAUCAACUUCUUCUGAACAUGCUUUGUGGAACUGCCGAUCUCAACACGAGCCUCUAUACAUUUAAACGAUUUCCUAAAUAUACGUCUUCUCUUUAAAUAACCAUCCCGAGUCGCUGUAGUGAGGGUUCAACGUGCUGAGUGG